AGAGGCCAAGAAUUACAUCAGAGCCUCAGGAUGUGGACGUUACCUCAGGGAAUACAGUGUACUUCACUUGCAGAGCUGAAGGCAAUCCUAAACCAGAAAUUAUCUGGCUUCGAAACAAUAAUGAGCUCAGUAUGAAAGAAGAUUCCCGUCUAAAUUUGCUAGAUGACGGCACACUAAUGAUUCAAAAUACUAAAGAAACAGACCAAGGCAUUUACCAGUGCAUGGCAAAAAAUGUAGCUGGAGAAGUGAAAACUCAGGAAGUUACUCUUAGAUACUUCGAGUCACCAGCCCGUCCAAGUUUUGUGAUUCACCCGCAAAACACCGAAGUGCUAGUUGGAGAGAGUGUCACCUUGGAGUGCAGUGCAACGGGGCACCCUCAGCCACGGAUUACCUGGACCAAAGGUGACAGAACCCCUUUGCCAAGUGACCCUCGCAUCACCAUCACUCCGUCAGGAGGACUUUACAUCCAAAAUGUGAAGCAGGAGGACAGUGGCGAGUACACCUGUUUUGCAACUAACAGCAUAGAUAAUAUCCACGCGACUGCGUACAUUAUAGUGCAAGCUCUACCUCAGUUUACUGUCACUCCUCAAGACAAGACAGUGAUUGAGGGGCAAACUGUUGACUUUCCUUGUGAAGCACAAGGCUAUCCCCAGCCUGUUAUUGCCUGGACUAAAGGAGGAGGCCAGCUGUCUGUUGACAGAAGACAUUUAGUUCUAUCCUCUGGCACCCUAAGGAUUUCCAGGGUUGCUCUGCAUGACCAGGGGCAGUAUGAGUGCCAAGCUGUCAACAUUAUUGGAUCUCAACGAAUUGUUGUAUACCUGACUGUGCAACCUAGAGUGACUCCUGUAUUUGCCAGUGUUCCCAGUGACAUGACAGUGGAGGUUGGCACAAAUGUGCAGAUCCCAUGCAGCGCUCAAGGAGAGCCAGAGCCAGUAAUUACAUGGAAUAAGGAUGGAGUGCAGGUAACUGAGAGUGGGAAGUUUCAUGUUAGUCCGGAGGGAUUUCUUACCAUCCGUGAUGUCGGAACCGCUGAUGAAGGUCGAUACGAAUGUGUUGCCCGGAACACCAUAGGGUACUCCUCUGUUAGUAUGGUGCUUAGUGUUAAUGUCCCUAAUGUCAGCCGAAAUGGAGAUCCUUUUGUACAAACAUCAAUUGUGGAAGCAAUUGCAACUGUUGACAGAGCAAUAAAUUCAACACGUACACAUCUGUUUGACAGUCGUCCUCGUUCUCCAAAUGAUUUGCUAGCCUUGUUCCGAUACCCAAGGGAUCCAUACACUGUCGAGCAAGCAAGAGCUGGGGAAAUAUUUGAAAGGACAUUGCAGCUUAUUCAAGAUCAUGUACAAGAUGGUCUAAUGGUUGACCUGAAUGGAACAAGUUAUCACUAUAAUGACCUUGUAUCCCCACAGUACUUGAAUCUGAUUGCUAAUCUCUCAGGGUGUACAGCCCACCGACGAGUGAACAACUGCUCAGAUAUGUGUUUCCACCAGAAGUACCGGACACAUGAUGGAACAUGCAACAACCUUCAGCAUCCCAUGUGGGGUGCUUCUCUGACAGCCUUUGAACGUCUGUUGAAGUCAGUCUACGAAAAUGGAUUUAAUUUGCCUCGGGGGAUUGAACCCAAGAGGCUCUCUAAUGGCUACGCACUCCCAAUGCCUCGCUUGGUUUCAACGACUCUGAUUGGAACGGAAACAAUAACUCCUGAUGACCAGUACACGCACAUGCUCAUGCAGUGGGGUCAGUUUCUUGACCACGACCUUGACCUCACCGUUGCUGCCCUAAGCGAGGCCAGGUUUUCAGAUGGUCAGCAUUGCAGUUCCGUUUGUACAAACGAUCCUCCGUGCUUUUCCAUCAUGAUACCGCCAAACGAUCCCAGAGUUCGAAAUGGUGCCCGCUGCAUGUUUUUCGUACGCUCCAGUCCAGUCUGUGGAAGUGGCAUGACAUCUCUCCUCAUGAAUUCUGUGUACCCACGAGAACAGAUCAACCAGCUGACUUCAUACAUCGACGCGUCAAAUGUGUAUGGCAGUUCGGACCAUGAAGCGCUAGAAAUCAGAGACUUGGCCAGCCAAAGGGGUCUUCUGAGACAGGGCAUCGUACAGAGGUCUGGCAAACCUCUCCUUCCAUUCGCUACCGGCCCUCCGACAGAAUGCAUGAGAGACGAGAACGAGAGCCCAAUUCCCUGCUUUUUAGCUGGUGAUCAGCGUUCUAAUGAACAGCUGGGUCUUACCAGCAUCCACACGUUGUGGUUUAGAGAACACAACAGAAUUGCCACAGAGCUACUGAAACUCAAUCCACACUGGGAUGGUGACACAAUAUAUCACGAAACACGCAAAAUUGUUGGUGCAGAAAUGCAACACAUAACAUUUAGCCACUGGCUACCUAAGAUCUUUGGAGAGGUAGGCAUGAAGAUGCUUGGCGAAUAUAAGGGUUAUGAUCCCAGUGUUAAUUCUGGCAUAACUAAUGAGUUUGCAACUGCCGCUUUUAGGUUUGGUCACACACUCAUUAAUCCUUUUCUGUAUCGACUGGAUGAAAACUUUGAACCUAUUCCACAAGGCCAUCUCCCUCUUCAUAAGGCAUUCUUCUCUCCAUUUCGGAUUGUAAAUGAAGGAGGCAUUGAUCCACUUCUAAGGGGAUUGUUUGGUGUUGCUGGUAAGAUGCGUGUCCCAUCACAAUUACUCAAUACAGAAUUAACAGAAAGACUCUUCUCCAUGGCACGUACUGUGGCUUUAGAUCUGGCAGCUAUGAAUAUUCAGAGAGGCAGAGAUCAUGGAAUUCCUCCCUACCAUGAUUUUAGAGUUUACUGUAAUCUUUCUUCAGCUCAGACUUUUGAAGAUCUGAAAAAUGAAAUUAAGAAUCCUGAAAUCAGGGAGAAACUUAGCAGGUUGUAUGGUUCCCCACUGAAUGUAGACCUGUUUCCUGCUCUGAUGGUCGAAGACUUAGUUCCAGGAAGCCGUCUGGGGCCAACUUUGAUGUGUCUGUUAAGCACACAGUUCAGGCGUAUUCGGGAUGGAGACAGGUUGUGGUAUGAGAACCCAGGUGUGUUCACACCUGCUCAGCUCACUCAGAUCAAGCAAACAUCUCUUGCCAGAGUUUUGUGUGACAAUGGUGACAAUAUAACCAGGGUACAACACGAUGUGUUUAAGGUGGCUGAAUUCCCACAUGGAUAUAGUAGCUGUGAAGAUAUUCCUAAACUGGACCUCAGGAUGUGGCAAGAUUGCUGUGAAGACUGCAGAACUAGAGGACAGUUUAAUGCUUUUUCAUAUCACUUUCGGGGAAGACGCUCUCUUGAUUACAGCUUUCAGGAGGAUAGGCCCAUGAAGAAAAUAAAAAUGUCCAAAACAGUAAGUUCUGUGAAACAGAGUAAAUAUUUUCGUAAUGCCACGUCAGCAUCUAAUGAAAAUAGAAACAUGCCCGCAGUGAAUGACUUCAAAGAAUUCGUUUUGGAAAUGCAAAAAACUAUAUCAAGCCUCAGAAACCAGAUAAAAAAACUUGAAUCACGCCUCAGUAAAACUGACUGCACUGAUGAAAAAGGUAAAUCAUACUCCAGCAAUGAAACCUGGAAAAGGGACCCUUGCACUGUGUGUGAAUGCAAAGUUGGUCAGAUUACCUGUUUUGUGGAAUCAUGCCCGCCGGCUGACUGUGAAGCACCUGUGAAGGUUAAAGGAGAUUGCUGCCCAGUCUGCUUAAAACAAAAUAUUAAUAAAAAGAAGCCAUAAGUCUACUUUUUAAGAAUCUAGGGUGCAUACUCAAAUCAUAUCAAUGCCUGCUGAUGGCAAAACCAGGUAACUACAGUCUUAACAGCAGCAAGAAAUCAAGAUUUACAAUAUCCUAAUGGUGCUGUAGCAGUAUAACAUAAUGUAUCCUUUUAUUUUCUGCCCAUGAAGGUAAUCGCAAUGCAAAAAUUUAACAAAAGGGAAAUUAGCAAACAGGUCAAAGUUAAUCGUGUGUUGAACUUCUC